AACAUCCGCUUCCGAAGAAUUCUAGAAAGUUCGAGACUCGACUCGCCCCCCCGUCUGUCCGAGCGUUCCUCCAUAAGAGCGGAGACGAAACUUCGAGUGCUACAAGUAGCGUCUGUCUUCUUCCACUCACCAGGUGAGUGCUGUUGCACUGGUUUUAAGGUGCCACCAUGGUUCGUGAAACUGGUUACUAUGACCUCUUGGGUGUCAGCCCUAAAGCCUCACUGGAUCAAAUUAAAAAGGCCUACAGAAAACUUGCACUGAAAUAUCAUCCUGACAAGAAUCCCAGCGAAGGAGAGAAGUUCAAGCUUAUUUCUCAAGCAUAUGACGUGCUGUCAGAUCCAAAGAAGAGAGACCUGUAUGACGAAGGAGGGGAACAAGCGAUUAAAGAGGGCGGAAUGGGUGGAGGAUCUUCCCCAAUGGACAUUUUCAACAUGUUCUUUGGAGGCGCAGGAAGGAUGCAGAGAGAGAGGAGAGGGAAGAAUCUUGUCCAUCAGCUCAGUGUUGCCCUGGAAGAACUGUACAAUGGUGCUACUAGAAAGCUUGCUCUCCAGAAGAAUGUUAUUUGUGAAAAAUGCAAUGGAUAUGGUGGUAAGAAAGGUACCCUGGAGAAGUGCUCUGGCUGUAAAGGAAGAGGAGUCCAGAUCAAGGUGCAACAGAUUGGACCAGGCAUGAUCCAGCAGAUCCAAAGUAUUUGUCCAGAAUGUCAGGGACAGGGUGAGAAAUUCAACUCAAAAGACCGCUGUAAGAACUGCAAUGGGCACAAAGUGGAACGCAAGAAGAAAAUUCUUGAAGUUAACAUUGACAAAGGUAUGAAAGAUGGUCAGAAUAUUACAUUCCAUGGAGAAGGUGACCAGGAACCGGGCCUGGAGCCAGGUGAUGUAAUUAUUGUGCUGGAUCAGAAGGAGCAUGACGUUUUCAUGAGAAAAGAUGAGAAUUUGAUAAUCAAGAUGAACAUUAACCUCGCUGAGGCCUUGUGUGGUUUUAAGAAGACCAUCUGCACACUGGACAACAGAAUGCUCAUCAUCAGCUCACAGCCAGGUGAGGUUAUCAAGCACAACGACUGGAAAUGUGUUCAAAAUGAAGGAAUGCCACUUUACAGGAACCCAUUUGAAAAAGGGCAACUUCUUGUUCAGUUCCAGGUUGAAUUUCCAGAAAAGCACUGGCUUCCAGAGCACCUGAUGUACCAACUAGAAAGACUUCUUCCUCCCAGGCAGGAUGUGAUGAUUACAGACGACAUGGAGGAGGUGGAUCUCUGUGAAGUGGAGGAGCAGUCACAACAGACACGUUACAGCCGUGAAGCAUAUGAGGAAGACAACGAGGGACCCAGGACGGGGGUUCAGUGUCAGACACAAUGAAUGCAAUCUGAUAGACGUUGUACACUUGGGAUGGGUUUUUUUUUUUUCUUUUUCCCCCCAUCAAUCCGUCAACUUCAGUGUUUCUCCACAGUUACUCCUGUGUUCAUUUUUUCAACCUGGUUUAAAUGAAUGAUAAACAGUUUCUGUUCCAAAUAAAACUUGAUUUGUGACGAUUUUCUUUAUUAAGUAUAUUUUACAUUACAAAAUUUUCACUAGAAAGUAAGACAUCUUUUAUAGUUGGUAUCAUGUACUUUAUGUAUCUUAAGAUAUUUUAUAACUUGCCAUUAUUUAAUCAUAAUCAAUGAAAAAUG